ACACUCUCUCAUAGUAGUUUGUUUUGUUCAACAGUGUUUUAGUCACAGCAUACCUCUCAGUACAGUGAUUGUUAUAUUGUAGUUUGUGUGGGUAAUUUGCUGCUUUGCAGCUUAGAAACUAGCUACGAAUAUAUGGUAAACAAUAAUGACGGAUGUCCUCUCACAUUUAACAUUCAUAUUGAUUUCAUCAAUUUGUUUAUGGUCAUGCUCAACUAUUGUAACAUAUUCUUCUAACGUGUGUAAUGAAGGGCUUCAGCAAUUAAUUACCAUAGUGUUCAAGGUAUAUUUAAAUGGGUAGGACCACAGUAAUAUAAAAAGCAGAUCGAAAAACAAAGCAAUCACACACACUUCCUCCUUACACGCAUUGAGCAGACAGACUUUAGGCAGAAGACACUGCGCAGAUCCUUUGACAAACCAACACAUACGGUAAAGAAGUUCAGUGCUGAGGGAGAGGAGAAAGAAUGAAGACUCUGCUGUUGGCCAGUGUACUCCUGGUUUGGACCAUGAGGGCAUCUUCAGUGGAUCCGGAGAAAAUAAAAGUGUUUAAAGAGAAGGAUGGAAUCAGAUUGGAAUGUCCGAAGAAAGAACCUAUGGAAUUGUUUAGGUCUAAUGGAAAUGUGAUAUUGGAUGGGAAAUUGCAGUUUAACGAUGACAAUACAGGGGAGUACACAUGCAAGGGCAAAGAUAAACUGGAGAUUUCUAUGUACGUCAAAUUCCGGACAUGUAAGAACUGCAUCGAACUGGAUCCUGCCGCCGCAGCAGGUAUGGCUAUCGGAAACCUGGUGGCUACAGUUAUGAUUGGAGUAGCUGUAUACCACAUAGCCUCCCAGUCCAGAGGCACUCGAGCCACAGUCCAACAAGCUUCAGAUCGCCGGGCACUCAUCCCUAAUGAAUCAAAGAAUGAAAGCCACUAUCAGAAACUGAACGUUGGGACUCGCAGCAACGACACCUACUCCUACGCCAGGACUGGCUAGGCCUCCUCACCAACUGAUCAUCUGACCACCCCCUCUUCCUCUUAACACACUGGGCAAAGUGUAGUAAUUGGUCCCACCUAUCUAUUUUAUACCAUUUCUUAUCAAAAUGUUAAUUUGGGUUGUAUUUUUGGGAUGCCACCAUUCAUGCUUUCUAUCAUGUUGUAGUGCUUAGCUUUCUAGUACGUUUCUAUCCUGAAUUGAAUAUACUGUAAAUGUACUAAUAUGUAAAUACCAAAAUACCCUAAAGCUUUGUGUUCAUCCUAAAGACAAGAAAUGUAAAACUCUGUACUUGCUGUUAAACGUGUCCCCGCCUUCCUAUUACAUAGGUCAGUUUACGUUGUUUUGUAAUGUAAAGUUUGAUAAAACUAUUUUAUUUUAAAAUAAUUAAUGUGUGAGGAGAUACACUCAGAGCAAUGUAUUUAGCAAAUUGUAGAGUAAAAAAUGUGUGUGUCACCUUUGAUUGUGUGACUUAUUAUUUAAUAAGAAGAUUAAUGCUGUGUUUUAAGGAAACCUUUUCCAUCUCAGGUCAAUUGCUAAAUUAAAAUGAUUUCUCUCUCA